AUGGGGGUCGCGGGCCGCGGUCGGCCUGGGGCGGCUCGAGCGCUGCUGCUGCUGCUGCUGCUGCCGCCGCCGCUGCUGGUUGCUGCCGUCCGGGGCCGCGCCGACCGGCCGCUGGAGGAUGUGGACGAGUGCGCUCAACGGCUAGACGACUGCCAUGUUGAUGCGCUGUGUCAGAACACACCCACGUCCUACAAGUGCUCUUGCAAGCCUGGCUACAAAGGGGAGGGCAGGCAAUGUGAUGACGUGGAUGAAUGUGACAGUGAGCUAAAUGGAGGCUGUGUCCACGACUGCUUAAACAUUCCAGGCAACUACCGCUGCACCUGUUUCGAUGGCUUCAGGUUGGCUCAUGAUGGUCGUAAUUGUCUCGAUGUGGACGAGUGCGUGGAGAACAAUGGUGGCUGCCAACACACCUGCCUCAACAUCAUGGGGAGCUAUGAGUGUCGCUGCCAAGAAGGUUUCUUUCUGAGUGACAAUCAGCACACUUGCAUUCACCGCUCAGAAGAGGGCCUGAGCUGUAUGAACAAGGACCAUGGCUGUCAUCACAUCUGCAAGGAGGCCCCCAGGGGCAGCAUUGCCUGUGAAUGCAGGCCUGGUUUUGAGCUGGCUAAGAACCAGAGAGACUGCAUCUUGACUUGUAACCAUGGAAACGGUGGUUGUCAGCACUUUUGUGAAGAUACAGCUGAAGGCCCCGUGUGUAGCUGCCAUCCACGGUAUAGGUUGCACGCUGAUGGGAGGAGCUGCCUUGAGAAAGAGGGCACCAUCCUGGAGGGGACAGAGAGCAAUGCCACAUCAGUGGCAGAUGGAGAUAAACGGGUGAAGAGACGGCUGCUCAUGGAAACGUGUGCUGUCAACAACGGAGGCUGUGAUCGCACCUGCAGGGACACAUCGACGGGGGUUCACUGCAGCUGUCCCAUUGGGUUCACCCUCCAGUUGGACGGGAAGACAUGUAAAGAUAUCGAUGAGUGCCAGACCCGGAAUGGAGGUUGUAAUCAUUUCUGCAAAAACACCGUGGGCAGUUUUGACUGCAGCUGCAGAAAAGGAUUUAAAUUAUUAACAGAUGAGAAGUCUUGCCAAGAUGUGGAUGAAUGCUCUUUGGAAAGAACCUGUGACCACAGCUGCAUCAACCACCCUGGUACAUUUGUUUGUGCCUGCAACAGAGGCUACACACUCUAUGGCUUCACCCACUGUGGAGACACCAACGAGUGCAGUGUCAGCAAUGGAGGCUGCCAGCAAGUUUGCGUCAACACAGUGGGUGGCUACGAGUGCCAGUGUCAUCCAGGGUACAAGCUCCACUGGAAUGACAAAGACUGCGUGGAAGUGAAGGGCUUCCUGCCCGCCAGCACGACACCCAGUGUGUCCCUGCACUGUGGUAAGAGUGGUGGAGGUGACAGGUGCUUCCUAAGAUGUCACUCUGGCAUCCACCUCUCUUCAGGACUGCAAGAGGCCUACUCUGUCACCUGCGGCUCUUCCUCUUCUCUCAGAAGCAGACAGCAAAAAUCAAAUGACUCUGAUUUUGGGGAUGUCAUCACCGUCAGGACAAGUGUAACCUUUAAGCUAAAUGAAGGCAAGUGUAGUCUGCAAAAGGUCAAGCUGUCUCCCGAGGGCCCGCGACCAACGCUACCAGAGAGGCACAGCUCAGUAAAAGAGAGCUUCCAGUACGCAAACCUCACGUGCAGCUCUGGCAAGCAAGUCCCAGGAGCCCUGGGCCGACCGAGUGCCCCUAAGGAAAUGUUUAUCACGGUUGAGUUUGAACGGGAAACUUACAAAAAGGAGGUGACAGCCUCCUGCAAUCUGAGCUGCCUGGUAAAACAGACUGAGAAACGACUACGGAAAGCCAUCCGCACGCUCAAGAAGGCUGCCCACAGGGAACAAUUUCACUUGCAGCUCUUGGGCAUGGACCUCAACAUGGCUAAAAAGUCCCUCCGAGCAUCUGAACAGCGGGAGGAGUCCUGUGGAGUGGGUCAGAAUCAAGAGGAAAACCAGUGUGGUCUAUGCCAACCAGGUGAAUAUUCAGCAGAUGGAUUUGCCCCUUGCCAACUCUGUGCCCUGGGCACCUUUCAGCCUGAUGUGGGCCGCACAUGGUGCCUCCCAUGUGGAGGAGGUCUUCCCACUAAACAUCUGGGAGCCACUUCCUUCCAGGAUUGUGAAACCAGAGUUCAAUGUUCGCCUGGGCAUUUCUACAACACGACCACACACCGAUGUAUCCGUUGCCCGCUGGGGACAUACCAGCCUGAAUUCGGAAAAAAUAACUGUGUUUCCUGCCCGGGGAAUACUACCACUGACUUUGAUGGCUCUACCAACGUAACGCAGUGUAAAAACAGGAAGUGUGGAGGGGAGCUGGGGGAUUUCACAGGGUAUAUUGAGUCCCCAAACUACCCUGGGAACUACCCCGCCAACUCGGAGUGCACCUGGAUCAUCAACCCACCGCCUAAACGUCGUAUCCUGAUCGUGGUCCCCGAGAUCUUCCUGCCCAUAGAAGAUGACUGCGGUGACUACCUGGUGAUGCGAAAAACCUCUUCAGCAAAUUCUGUGACCACAUAUGAAACCUGCCAGACCUACGAACGCCCCAUCGCCUUCACCUCCAGGUCAAAGAAGCUGUGGAUUCAGUUCAAGUCCAAUGAAGGGAACAGUGCCCGAGGGUUCCAGGUCCCCUACGUGACGUACGAUGAAGACUACCAGGAACUCAUUGAAGAUAUAGUUCGAGAUGGCAGGCUCUACGCGUCUGAGAACCACCAGGAAAUACUGAAGGAUAAGAAACUGAUCAAGGCUCUGUUUGAUGUCCUGGCACACCCCCAGAACUAUUUCAAGUACACAGCCCAGGAGUCCCGAGAGAUGUUUCCAAGAUCCUUCAUCCGAUUGCUACGUUCCAAAGUGUCAAGGUUUCUGAGGCCUUACAAAUGACUCUUCCCACGUGCCACCCAGAAGAGUGUCCACCGUGGGCAGUGGGCUGAAGCCGUCUACCCUCCACAGGCUGGAGUGUCACCGGGUUGACAGGAUGCCCAGUUCAGCGACUCCUUACAGCUCAGUUUUUAUAGAUAAUACAGGUAUCUUGGUAAGCUGAACUUGGGUUUCUCUCCCAGCUUCAGAUGUGGACGGCAGAUGGCUUCAAGCAGUAUCAGCUUCUCACUGUGUGGGCACGUGUCCUGGAGGUGCCAAGGGCUGGCUGAAAUGGCCUCCUCUGGUCUGUAGUGCAAAGGAAGCCACAGAAGGGCCACUCUGGCUGCAGCUCCACUUCCUCCAAGGCCAGUCCUCUCUCAGGGAACAUCUGCACGCAUGCAGAGAUGACCGGGCCAGACAGGCCAUCUGAGUCAUGGGAGGGUUCUGAUCCCUCAGCCUCUGUGAUGCCAGGUUAAUCCUAAAUACAUGAGCUCUAAGCAGUGACAGUUUUAAAAAAGACUAGAAAGAAUCAGAAAUGAGAAGGCAAGAGCAGUGCUCUGGAGACAUCAGUAGCGUGCACAGCAAGCGCAGAGGGCUGGGUGCAGCAGCCUUCCCCAUGCCUUCAGUCACACUGAGCACUGUGCUCUGGCUUGGAGAAUUCUAGGAUGUGAUCUCGAUGCAUGACAGUUAUCCAUCAUCAUCGAAGGGAGAUUUCACCAGGAAGGCCAGUACCGCAAGACUCCCCCACUGCCAGGGCGACUGGCCCGAGUGUCUUUCUUUUUCAUUCUCCCCAGUGAGAGAGUCUGAGGGAAGUGACAUCACGCAGGCCACUGUCACCCUUUGAUGGUGGGCCACACUCCUGUUCACAGGCCACGGUUGAGUCACUUUGGUCUGCGCAGUGGGACUGCAUAGUGAUCCCCUCCCAAAUAAACUUUUCAAGAUUAUUGAGCUUUUAAACAUUUUAAUCCCCCACCCCCACCUCCCAGCAGGCAAAAGUCUCACUACAGUGGCUAAAGAAGAGAGCCCAUUGGCCUAGAGAUGUAGCUCAGCAGUAGAGCACCUGCCAAAGAUGUGCAAGGCCCUGGACUUGGCCCUCAAUACAACUCCCUCCCCCGCCCCAAAGAGACCUGUCAAUCAAGCUUCCCUCUCCCUAAUGGAUGGACUGACUACACACAGCCAUAGGGUUUUGUUCUUUCUGUGGCAAUUAUAGCGCAUAAUUCUGUUUACCAAAGUACUAAAAAAAUGUCUAAUAAGCAUUUAAAAAGAAAACAGAAUAUUUCAUUAUUAUCGAACUUGGUUUUCCACCUCAAUGUUUUUAAUCUAUUAAUAACAUUUUUAAUAACUUUUUAAUUUUUUGUUUUGAGACAGUUUCUCACUGUGUAACCCCGGCUAACCUGGAAUCUAUAUGUAGGCCACGCUAGUCUCAAACUCACAGAGAUCCACCUGCCUCUGCCUCCGAAGUACUGGGAUUGAAGGUGUGUGCCACCAUGUCAGGAGACGCUGACAUUUUUGAAGCCCUAAUGAACUUUUAAUUUUUAUUUGGAUGAAAUUUCUCCUCAGGAAUUUGUGCUCCUUGCUAGGCACAAUGGCGCCUGUAAUCCCAGCACUCAGGAAGUGUGAGCAGGAAGAUUAGUAGGAGUUCAAGGACACCCUCAGCAGACAUAGAAA